UUAAAGUCAGCAGUUGUUCUAAAUACUUAAGAAAUUUAAGCUAAUAGUAAUAUGUCUCUGAUUCCAAUUUUUGGUGAUCACUUUUACCGCCCAUCCAGACUUUUGGACCAACAUUUUGGUAUGGGAUUAAAUCAUGAAGAUUUGUUCGAGCCAUUAACUGUUCCUAGACAUUUAAUGCGCUGCCCUGCGGGUUACAUGAGACCGUGGAGAUCUGCAGCUUCUCACUUGGAUGAAGGGUCAACAGUUCAAUUCGGCAAAGAUAAAUUUAAUGUAAAUUUGGACGUGCAACAAUUUAAACCUGAAGAAAUCACAGUUAAGGUGGUCGGCGAUAAUACUGUGAUGGUCGAGGGAAAGCAUGAAGAAAAGGAAGAUGAGCAUGGCUUUAUAUCAAGACAUUUUAUUAGAAAGUACGUCGUGCCAAAAAAGUACGAUAUGUCUCAGAUAAGUAGCAAGUUAUCCUCUGAUGGAGUUCUGAGCAUUGCUGCGCCGAGUAUUGAAAAUAAUGCCAUUGAACACAGACAUGUACCAAUCCAGAGAACUGGAGAGCCUGUUAGAAAAAUCGAGCAGAAAAAGGAUUCAGGAAAAUAAAUCAUUAUAUUACAAGGCUGAUUUUACUUGUAUUUGUUACUAUACUUAUAUUACUAUUGUAAAAUGUAUUAAAUUAGUUAUAAAAUGUUCGUUACACAUCUACUUUAUUUAAUAAAAUUAAUGUAUAUUUAUAAAAGGCA